GAGGCCAGGGAGAAGGUGUCCCCCCCAUCACCCCCUUGGGGCCCGGACACGCCCCCCAAACCACCUGCAAUCGCUGACCAGCGCGGAUAGAGGAAGCAGGAAGAUGGGCUGGAGAUGCAAGGAGGGGAACUGAACCACCUCAUUUCUCAACCUGACCCUAGGAUUCUGUAAAGAAGCGCGGACACAAGGGGAAAGGGCACGUGACCACCUAGGCAGAGACUGAAGUGCUGUAGCCACAAGCUGAGGGCCACCCAGGACAGCAAGCAGCCAUCAGAAGCUGGGGAGAGGCCCUGAAAGUGACAAGUGUCGGAGGGAGCACAGCCCGCUUCACCUUGAUUUCAGACCUGUGGUCCCCAGAACAUUGAGACGCUAACCUGUGUUGCUCUGAGCCACCCGGUUUGUGGUACUGGUUCUGGCAGUCCCAGGCGACACUAGGCAGGCUCGCCAGACCAGGAGGGCUUCUUCAACCUGCUGAGCCACGUGCAGGGUGACCGGAUGGAGGAGCAGCGCUGCUCGCUGCAGGCCGGGCCAGGACAGACCCCCGAGAGCCAGGAUGGCCCAGCGCCCGAGAUGGACAAUCUCAUGGACAUGCUGGCCAGCACCCAGGGCCGCCGCAUGGAUGACCAGCGUGUGACAGUCAGCACCCUGCCUGGCUUCCAGCCCAUUGGCCCCAAGGACGGGGUGCAGAAACGAGCUGGGACCCUCAGCCCUCAGCCCCUGCUCACCCCCCAGGAUCCCGCUUCACUCGGCUUCCGCAGGAACAGCAGCCCCCAACCCCAGACACAAGCCCCCUGAGGGUCUGAACCACCCUGGGCCCCGCCAGGCCCUCAAAAGCAGACAAUAAACACUCGCACGAGCAACAAG